GUAUUUCACGCAAAUGUGCGCCGGCUCUACUCGUAAACGGACGAACUAUAUCUGAGAGACAAUAAUAAAUAAUUACAAACGUUUAAAUUUUAAUUUUGAUAUAACCGAAGAAAUAAUAACUGUAAAAUGGCGCUGGAAUCCCUGAAAAAGAUAGAAGACGCCCUGGAGCAGGACGAGGUCUUGGCAUAUAAAGCAAAUUACGAAGUUUUUAAAGGCGGACUCAGCAGAAAUGAAAUCGCAAAAUAUUACGACAAGUGGGCGGAAACUGGCGAAUAUGAUACGCAUUUGGGUCCAAACCGUUACACGGGGCCAGAAUGUGCUGCUCGUGCCAUUGCUAAAAACUUUGCAGAGAACGAGAAGUCAACAGCAAGAAUCCUUGAUGUAGCGGCAGGCACAGGACGACUCGGAGCUGAGCUGUACAAUCUUGGUUUUCGCAACAUGGAUGCAUUAGAUCCAUCCGAGGGCAUGUUAAACAAAGCGAGAGAACGACAAAUUUACACUAACUUUAUCAACGAUUUUAUUGGCCUAGAAAAUCCAGUACCUGCUGAAGACAAUGCCUACGAUGGUUUAGCUGUAUCUGGGGGGUUUGGGGAAGGCCAUAUUCCAGUGUCCGCCCUUCAUGAAAUGAUUAGGAUCGUAAGACCAGGUGGAAUAAUCUGCAUUGCAAUGAGGGAAGAAUACCUGGAUUACGUUUCAGAAUAUAAAGGAACUCUUGAACCGUUCAUGCAAAACCUUGAAAGGGACGGCAAAUGGAAACUGCUCACAAAAGACACAAUAACAAAUUAUGCUUUUGGAAAGCCAGGGGUCGUUUUUCAGUUUGUCAUUUCAUGAUGAAGGUGUUAAUUUAUUCAAAAUUGUUUGCGUCAUCAAAAAUGACGUGUACUUAAUUCAAAUGUCCUUCCAACGAAUCGUGGACCUUCGAGACGCACGCACAACAAAGCUUACUUUUUUUUAUAAAGAUAUAGCGUAUGAGAAGUCUAGGUAAAAGAUUCUGAAAUUUCUGAUACAGUUUCUGAAACGUUCAGAGACAGUACAAUGUAUUUUGUCAAGGAAAUAGUGUUUGACACUUUUAAAUCUUUGACACAAAAUUUAAGAGGACAGUCUUUGAGCAUUCGUUUUCAAAUCCCCUAAAUUAAACACAUGCCUUCUACGAAGUUUCUAUUCUUUUUUUUUCAAGCUCAGUCAUCGCUACUAAAGCACCAAGUUUUAAAUAUUAUUUUUGUUGUUUUAAAGCAUGUAGUACAGACAAAAGGAUAUAGUUUUAUGAUUACGCGACUGAACACAAUACAUCUUUUCAAAUCUGACAUCUUGCACUUUUACUCUAGUAUUGUUGUGCUGUAUUAUCAUAUGUAUAUACAUGUAUCAUUUCAUUUUACUUUGUUGUUUCAUUAGUGUUGUUGUUGUUGUUGUUGCUGUUGUUGCGAAUAAAUAUUAUUAAACAGUU